UCGCCAAUUCCAACGCACCGGUGAAGAAUCGCCGGGUCGGGUCGGGUGCCGACCGCCCGGCCGAGGCUAUCGCCGCUCGCGUCUCGCAAAAACCGCGACACAACUCCAGGGUAGUAUCCACCGCGCCAAACUGCCGGCAAAACCACGAACGCGCAGCUCAAAACCAGGCGACUCGUCUGGCCCACCCGGCCCUCUCUUUCCUCCCAUCGCAGGUAGCAUUAUUAAACCACCGGAAAUGCGACCGCCUCGGCCGCUUCUGGCAGCGAAGUAAUUGAGCAAGUAGAGCUAAACCUCGGGAACGCCCCCCCCCCGGGCAAGCGCGGCACACCCGAAGCAUCCUUCCGUUCCAGAUCGCCCCCCAUGGCGUCGCACAUCAUCCUGCCCCCGGACGACAACGACGAGCACCGUCAGGAGGAGGAAGGGGACGAGCGGGAGCGGGAGCGGGGGCAUGACGAGGGCGGGCCCCCAGAGCAGGCGGCGAAGGCGGCGCUGCCGUUCUCCGCGUCGUGCGUGCGGAUCUCCCGCGACUCGUACCCCAACCUCCGCGCUCUCCGCAACGCCUCCUCCGUCAGCCUCGCCGAUGCCGCCUACGUCAAGAUCUCCGAGGGCGACUUCGGGUACGUCCUCGACGACGUGCCGCACCUCACCGACUACCUCCCCGACAUCCCGAUUUAUCCUAAUCCAUUGCAAGAUCAUCCGGCCUAUUCAACUGUCAAGCAGUAUUUUGUCAAUGAAGAUGACACUGUACCUCAAAAGGUGGUUGUUCAGAAGAACAGUCGGCGCGGUGUUCACUUCCGUCGUGCCGGGCCUCGUCAGAAGGUUUAUUUUGACUCUGAUGAAGUGAAAGCCUGCAUUGUAACUUGUGGAGGUCUCUGCCCUGGUCUUAACACCGUUAUCAGAGAACUGGUUUGUGGCUUGUCACACAUGUACAAUGUCAACAAAAUCUAUGGAAUACAGAAUGGAUACAAGGGCUUCUAUUCUAGCAACUACCUUCCCAUGACACCAAAGAGUGUCAAUGACAUUCACAAAAGGGGUGGUACAGUUCUGGGAACAUCACGAGGUGGUCAUGAUACAAAAAAGAUUGUUGACAACAUUCAAGAUCGUGGAAUUAAUCAGGUGUAUAUCAUCGGCGGAGAUGGAACUCAGAAGGGAGCGUAUGAGAUCUUCAAGGAAAUUCGAAAACGUGGCCUAAAAGUUGCUGUGGCUGGAGUUCCCAAGACAAUAGAUAAUGACAUAGCGAUUAUCGACAAGUCCUUUGGUUUUGAUACGGCUGUGGAAGAGGCCCAGCGUGCCAUUGAUUCAGCUCAUGUGGAAGCUUGCAGUGCUGAGAAUGGAAUAGGCUUAGUAAAACUGAUGGGUCGUUAUAGUGGGUUCAUUGCGAUGUAUGCUACUCUUGCUAGCCGAGAUGUGGACUGCUGUUUGAUUCCAGAGUCUCCGUUUUAUAUGGAUGGAGAAGGUGGAUUGCUUCAAUAUAUUGAAAGGAGGCUGAAAGAGAACAAACACAUGGUUAUUGUUGUUGCUGAGGGAGCAGGACAGGAUCUUAUUGCAAAAAGUAUAGCCAUAUCAGAUCAACAAGAUGCAUCUGGAAAUAAAUUGCUUCUUGAUAUUGGCCUUUGGUUGACUCACAAGAUAAAGGAUUACUUCAAGAGCAAAAGGAUGGAGAUGACAAUUAAAUACAUAGAUCCUACCUACAUGAUCCGUGCUAUUCCAAGCAAUGCAUCUGACAAUGUCUACUGCACACUUCUGGCACACAGUGCCAUCCAUGGGGCAAUGGCAGGGUAUAGCUUUACCGUUGGAAUGGUCAACGGCAGACAUACCUACAUACCUUUCUAUAGGGUGACAUCCACAAGGAACAAGGUUAGGAUCACUGACAGGAUGUGGGCGAGGCUGUUGUCGUCAACCAACCAGCCAAGCUUCUUGAGUCAGAAGGACAUCGAUGAAGCGAGCGAGGCCGACAGGUUGGCCAAUAGGCCACCGCUGCCAGUGGUCGCCAGCCAUCGCAUGGCGAACUCCUUCGAACAAUCUUCAUCGACUUCUGCAAAUGGCGAUAUAUAGUGAUUGUCGGUGCACCGCAAUUGUGUACAAGAGCUAUUACUAUCCUUUCGAGUUUUGAGGCCUGGGCAGCUUGGCCACUUUCGAUAUGCAAAUGCCUUGUGUAGAGGGACACACGGAUACUAUCCUGAUGGCACGCGUAAUAAAAUGAACACCAUUGAUGAA